GGCACUACCACCUGGCUGUGGGCGCCUUCCUCCCUGCAGGGGGCUGCAGGAACAGGUCGCCGCGCUAGACGCUGCGCAGGAAAGUGGGGGUGCGACCCCCGGCUCGUGCAGCCCCGCCUCCGCAGCCAGCGGCCCUGCGGCAGCCGGGGGCCAGAGCUCCGCCCUCCGCCUCCCGCCGGCCUCGCCGCCUCCUCCCGCCUCCUCCCUCGCUCGCUGGCUCCCUCCCCCCGGGCCCGCUCGGCGCUGACUCCGCCGCACGCUGCAGCCGCGGCUGAAGAUGGCGGGGAACGACUGCAGCGCUCUGCUGGAUGAAGAGCUCUCUUCUUUCUUCCUCAACUAUCUCGCCGACACGCAGGGUGGGGGAUCCGGAGAGGAACAACUCUGCGCUGACUUUCCCGAGCUCGACCUCUCCCAGCUGGAUGCCAGCGACUUUGACUCAGCCACCUGCUUUGGGGAGCUGCAGUGGUGCCCGGAGAACUCUGAGACGGAGCCCAGCCAGUACAGCCCUGAUGACUGUGAGCUUUUCCAGAUUGACAGCGAAAAUGAGGCCCUCCUGGCGGCACUCACCAAGACCCUGGACGACAUCCCCGAAGAUGACGUGGGACUGGCUGCCUUCUCGACCCUGGAUGAGGGAGAUACGCCAUCCUGCACCUCAGCUUCCCCUGCCACCUUGUCUGCGCCCCCCAGCCCUGCCCCAGAGAAGCCCCUGCCCCCAGCCUCUGAGGUGGAUGAAUUUUCACUGCUGCAGAAGCUCCUCCUGGCCACAUCCUCACCACCGUCAGGCUCUGACCCUCAGAAGGAGGGGACCACUUGGCGCCAGGCUGGCCUCAGAUCCAGGAGUCAACGGCCAUGGGUCAAGAUGGAGAGCACACAGGACAAGAAGGCUCCUGUGCCACAGCCUCAGAGCCGGCGCUGCACAGAGCUACAUAAGCACCUAACUUCGGUGCCAUCCUGCCCCCGGGUGAACGCCUGUUCUCCAGACAGAGGCCUGCAACUGCCAUUGCCCCUGAGCCCCCACAUUUGUGCCAAGGAGGACGAGCUGCCCGGGGAGGACUGUGCAAGCCCCCAGCCAGCCCAGGCCUCUCGCUGGGACCCUGUGACGCCGGGAAGGGCAAGCCCCUGUGCCCAGGUUCCCCCAGAGGACAUGCAGGCGAUGGUGCAGCUCAUUCGCUACAUGCAUACCUACUGCCUCCCCCAGAGGAAGCUAUCCCCACCGGCCCCCGAACCGGCCCCCCAGCCCUGCGGCAGCCCCUCCAGGCAGGUCAGACCCCCGCACCGGCACCCCUCCAAGCCCUCCUGUGCUGAGUUCUCCAUCCUGAGAGAACUUCUGGCUCAAGAUGUCCUCUGUGAUGUCAGUAAACCCUACCGCCUGGCCACACCUGUCUACGCCUCCCUUACCCCCCAGUCGAGGGCCAGGCUCCCGAGAGACAGACAGGCCUCCCCUGCCCGCCCCUCCCCUGCAGAGGAGGUGAGGGUCACAGCUUCACCCAGGAGCUCGGGGCCCAGGCCGAGCCUGCGUCCACUGCGACUGCGGGUGAGAGGGGAUGCCAGCCGGUCUGCCAGAAUGCAGCAGCAGAAGGAAGAGGAGGAGGAGGGCGAGGAGGAGGAGGACGAGGAGGAGGAAGAGGAAGAAGAAAAAGAAGAGGAGGAGGAGGAGGAAUGGGGCAGGAAGAGGCCAGGCCAAGAUCUGCCGUGGACCAAGCUGGGGAGAAAGCUGGAGAGCCCUGCGUGCCCUGUGCGGCGCUCUCGGAGACUGAACCCCAACCUGGGCGCCCGGCUGACAUUCACUGAUGAGUUGCUGGUCCCCUCUGCGCCCCAAGGUGCUCUGCCCUCACUGCACCUGGCCCCUGAAGCCUGCGACAUGGAGAGACAGCUGGGCAGCCCCACGGAUGAGGGCAGUGCGCAGGAGCAGCAGCUCCCACGGGGACCCCAGAUCCCUGCCCUGGAGAGUCCCUGCGAGAGUGGGUGUGGGGACACGGAUGACGACCCCAGCUGCCCACAGCUCCCUUCCAGAGAGUCUUCAAGGUGCCUCCUGCUGGCCUUGUCGCAAAGCAGGCCUGUGUGUGUCCUAAAAGCUGUGCACCUUGAAUUCCUCCAACAGCCAGGCGGCCCUCCUUUUGGCAAGAAGAGCUUUGAGCAGGCCCUGACGGUGGAGCUCUGUGGCACGGCAGGACUCACGCCCCCCACCACGCCUCCCUACAAGCCCACAGAGGAGGAUCCCUUCAAGCCAGACGUCAAGCACAGCCCAGGCCAAGAGACAGCUCCCAGCCUCCCCUCUCCUGAGGCCCUCAAGCUCGAGGCUGCCCCAGGAGCUGCCCACAAGCUGCCUAAGAAGCCCUCAGAGCGGAGCGAGCUCCUGUCCCACCUGCGGCAUGUCACAACUCAGCCCGCCUCCCAGGCUGGCCAGAAGCGCCCCUUCUCCUGUUCCUUUGGAGACCAUGACUACUGCCAGGUGCUCAGGCCGGAGGGCGCCCUGCAGAGGAAGGUGCUGAGGUCCUGGGAGCCAUCUGGGGCCCCCUUCGAGGACUGGCCCCAGCAAGGCGCCCCUUCACGGGCUGAGAUGCAGGCCUGGAGGAAGGAGGAGGGCCAGAGCUGUGACGCCUGUGUGCCACCCAAGGACAGUGUGCAACUGAGAGACCACGAGAUCCGCGCCAGCCUCACCAAGCACUUUGGGCUGCUGGAGACUGCCCUGGAGGACGCAGACCCGGCCUCAUGUGAGAGCCCCGAGUACGAGGUCUUUGAGGACAGCAGCAGCAGCAGUGGGGAAAGCAGCUUCCUCCUGGAGGAAGAGGAAGAGAGGGAGGAGGACAAUGAUGGAGAGGACUCAGGAGUCAGCCCCCCUUGCUCCGACCACUGCCCCUACCAGAGCCCACCUAGCAAGGCCGGUCGGCAGCUCUGUCCCCGCAGCCACUCCAGCUCUGGCUCUUCCUCCGGCGGCUCCUGGUCACCAGCUCCCCGAAGGAACUUCAGGUGUGAGGGCAGAGGGCCGUGUGCGGAUGGAAGCCCAUGUGUCCGGCGUGCCAGGAAACGGCAGGAAAAGGCCAUUGACGAAGGCCGUGUCGUGUAUGUUCGAAACCUCUCCAGUGACAUGAACUCCCGGGAGCUAAAGAAGCGCUUCGAGGUGUUUGGCGAGAUUGUAGAGUGCCAGGUGCUGACGAGAAGAAGGAGAGGCGAGAAGCACGGCUUCAUCACCUACCGGUGUUCUGAGCAUGCGGCCCUGUCCCUGCAGAACGGCGCUGCCCUGAGGAAGCGCAACGAGCCCUCCUUCCAGCUGAGCUCGGGCGGGCUCCGGCACUUCCGCUGGCCCCGCCACACUGACUAUGAUGGCAAUCCAGAGGAGGCCCUUCCUGCGUCCGGGAAAAGCAAGUACGAAGCCAUGGAUUUUGACAGCUUGCUGAAAGAGGCCCUGCAAAGCCUACAUUGAUAACAGCCUUAACCUCCGAGGAAUACCUCAAUACCUCAGACAAGGCCCUUCCAAUAUGUUUACGUUUUCAAAGAAAGAAGUAUAUGGGAAUGAGAGAGCGAGCAAGCGUGCGUGAAAGAGAACACACGUGAGAGAGACUUGAAACUACUGUCCUUUUCAAAAACAAAUCGAUGUUUACAUUGCACAAAGCUGCUUCUGUCUGUGAGUUUCCACGAUGUUGACGUUCCACUGCCACAUUAGUGUCCUCGCUUCCAAAGGGUUGUCCUGGGUGCACCUCAAAGUGCUGGGUCAGUCACCCUCUGCCCUCCUGCCCGACUGACUUCCUCUCGUAGACUUGCAGCCUGUUCACCAUAACAUCUCCUGUCUGUAGUGUGUGAUGAUGAAAUUGUCACUUGUGAAUAGAAUCAGGAUUAUAAACUCAUUUUUAAUUGAAGAAAAAAGUAUAUCCUUAAAAUAAUGUAUCUAUGGCUCAGAUGUACUGUGCCUAGGAUUAUUGUAUCGCUUCCUUGAUUUUUAACUAUGCACAGUCGUGAGGUGUUUGCCAUUGAGCUGCGCUGCUCCCCUGUCAGAUUGCCCUGGGGGUGCCGGGGUCACCAAUAGGCUGGUCCCCAGGAAAGCAGACCCUACAGGUACAACAGCUAGGAGCAGUGGGGAGAUGUUUCUGGGCCUCUUCUGCCAAGUCCUGCCAUGACUUAUUUUGAGCAAGUUUGGGUCAAAUUACAGUGCAAGCCCCCAUCUCGUGCCCAGCUCACCCUGAAGAGCUGCCCAUCUAAUAUCAGAUCCUGUGUGAAGCCAGGGCAGGCUAUGUUAUUCCCAGUUACCAGGGGAAACAACCAUGCCCUGAUGGGCAAAAUGACUUUUCCCAAGCCCCAUGGGCAGUGAGAAGCCAGAGCAAUGACCCACCCCAGGCCUCUGAUUCUAGUUCCCAACUGUGGCAGUAGCUGGGGUGAAGAUUCGCUGCGUGGGGGCUGGUAGAGGGGAGUUAGGCUACAUUGCGCAGCAGACCAGAAGCCGAAGGACUCAUUGGAGUUGGGCUUUACUUCCAACCUUGUGUUCUUGUGUAUGACAAAGCUGUGUCCAGCUGAUGUCCCAUGGGUACCUUGGAGACACACGUGAGGGAGAGCGUGGCCAGCCAGGGUGUGACCCCAUUGCUCCUGCUUCACUCAGAAUGGCCCGCCCUUUUUUUUUUCAUAUGUCACAGUUCCCUGAGACAUUUCUGUAUGUAAAGGAAAAAAAGGCCCUAUACUUCAAAAAGUUUGAAAGUGAUUCAUUAAAUAAGCUAAGUUCCCUGUUGCUGCUGGCAGGCCUAGUCCUUUGAGAAUUGGUAAACUGAGUCCUUUGAGAGUUAAUAUUAUCCUGGAUGGUGAGGGUGUUCCCUGCCAGUGGAGAAGGCUGGAGAAGACAGGCUCCAGCAGGAACAGGGAAUUUGAGCCACUGUGUAUCAAGUCACUUUUCUGUGAGGUGGAGGAAGGGGGAGAAUUAUGCAGGUUUCAACUGUCUUGGCUUCUGUUACGAACAGCAAACAUGCAGCACAUGUGCCACCACUUCCACACGGUUGGCCGAUGCAGACAUAACUAAUCAGCCACGGCACUUCUAUUCCUUGAGCCUGAAUCCUCAAUGUAGUACUGUAGGCAGUCAUUACUAAUUGAUUAGUGUUUACUCGACAUCCUGAUCUGAUCUUUGGGAGAUUUCCAUCAAUCAUAUAGAACGAUAUGCUGGCUGGGUUUCUGGCUAGCUCAUCCCUGUCUGUCUUGUCCUGAUCAAUGAAAGAAAAUGUCCAUAAAGCCAUUCCUUAGUGCAAGACUGCCAGUACUACUGUGACAUACAUCUUUGCUUGAGGAGGGUGGGGCAGGGGAGGGGUAGUAGACAGGAACAUAUUUAGGGAAGCCAGGGCUUAUAAGGAUGGACCAAAAAGGGACUUUCCACAGCAGACCCAAUCAUUCUAGAUUCCUUUAUAGCUGUUCACUGCCUAGCACAUGGUAGGCACAUUAUAAAUGGAAGGAACAGAAAUAAAACCCUUCUGGUACCUCCAUGAGACUUGAUUUGCAUCAAGGAGCAAACAGAUUUCAUCCCGUAGGUAGGAAAGACACAGGGUUCAGAGUGUGGAGAGUUGGAAGUCAGUCCUGACUUCACCAAGAAUUUCCUCCAUAGCUUUGCUCCGUCCCUUCCCGCCCUGAGCCUCAGAGUGCUGGAAGGAGUUGUCAGAUGAUGUCUUCAAUUUGCUCCUUCCUCAGUUACACUGGGCCAAGGGUUCUACCGGGCUGGUGGUUCCUUAAGAUAAAGAGAGGCGGGCUUUUAGGGGAAGGGGAGCGUCUCCCUCCCCACCUUCGGGGUCAACUGAAGCUGCCCUUUUUCACACAGUUCAGUCCCGGGCACUGGACGCCACUUAUAUAUUUUCCCUUGUGCACAGCAGUCACCUGGGGAUGCUGUUGGGACUGAUGUGCCUAAAGGCAGGGCUGGGACACUGAUGGGGAGGGAGGAUGCCUGCCAGGGGCAUCCAGCAGUCUCUGCUUGUCAUCCCAUACAAAAAAGGCUACAAGUUCUAAAGUUGGCCAACCCUGCAGACGACUUCUAUCCAGAAGACUCAUUCGGUGCUGUGUUUUAUUUACCAAGGAGACUCCAGGGUCUCUCUAGGAAGAGUCAACCCUGGUCCCUUCCCCACCAAAUUAAGGAGUAACUCAGAGGGAGCAGCUGCCAUUGGCAACCAUCUCACCAUAGUUCUGUCCUAGUAUUUGCUCUCAAUGAUGUUUACAUGUGAUUGCCAUAACCACUUCUGUAGACUGUGUUGACAGCCACCCGUGCAGGGCAGGCUGUACUGCCCAUCUCUGUGCCCUGCUGAUGUUUCCAGAAAUGUCUGAUCCAACCGCUAAGUGGAAUUCUUCCAUCUCCUUCCUCAGUCGGUACAGGCUGAAUCAGAAUCCUCACUCUUGGGGGCUCUGGUUACCGAAGGAAAAUGCAUCAAAUAGGUAAAGAAUCUGAGUGGAUGGAGUGCAGCUAAGAUCCCCGUUCCCUUACCCCUAUGCCUUCCCCACCGCCACCAGAAAACUGCCUUGAGUCAGAAAGCAUCUGUAGGGUUCUCCCAGCAUCUGUGUGGAGCACUUAGAAAAGCGGCAGAGCUCCAGGGCAGACAGAGGAGGGGACGGGGGGAUGCUCUGGGCAGCAGCCGCAGUAUUCAAGUCCUGACACGGGAAAGGACAGAGUCGGGUGUCUUUGAUGGUCCAAAAACCUUACCAGUUUUUGCAAGUGAUUUCUCCUGGACGUAUGCACUGUGCCUGCUGAGGCUGCUGUAUAGGUGGUGAGCAGAGGGACGAGGAAGGCAAUGGCAGCUCUGUUCUGUGUGCAUAAGCCCAGUGCAUGGGCCGGGCCUUGAGUGCAAUUGGAUGCAGCGGAGCCUGCAGCCUGAGAGGGGUCAUCUCAACUGGGAAGCAGCGGCACCCCUAGAGAUGUUGAUGUGACUCACUGAUGUUAAAAUUACAGUCUUGUUUUAAGCAUUUGAGAUUUAGCACUGUGGAGUUUGGAGGAACACCCUAUCCCAGUGUCAGAUACGACCAAGGUUAAGAGAUGGAUGCAUUUUAGCAAAGUGAGCCUAAUGGUUUCACUGGCCAAAGACGAGGGACCCUCUCACCCCUUCCCAGUGGGGAAAAAGGAAACCGACUGGAACCUAUGUGCAAUAUGCUGAAGCUGGUCCCAAAGUCCCUGCGGUGUUUGCACACUUGGGAGGUACGAGGUAAGUGGAGGGAGCGCCUGGGAAGUGGAAGCCACACGCACUGCGGUGCCGAGGCCCAGCACAGGUGCGGGAGGAGAGGCGCCCUGGUGCAGGGCCCCCGGGGUGUAGGCAGAGGCUGACUUUGCAUUAAGCGACAGAAGCACUGAGUAAACGCUGAGGCUUCAUCCUGACUCUGUGCUUCUCCCCUGGCAAAUCUGGGGCUCCUUUGGCUGUGUGGAGUGCUGACCCAGAAACUGGAGCAGGGUGGCAGGCAGGGGGCUGGUGUGAGGGAGCAGCGGGCAGGGGCCUUCCUGCAGCAGCAGCCACAGGGCAGCCAGCUCCAAAGCCACCCCUUCGCUGGCCUCUUUGCCAGUGAAGGCCUGGAAACAGGGAAUGAUAGAUCUUGGUGCCUACUUUUGUUAAAAGAUUAAGAACAGCCCAGCCAACGGAAAUGGGUGUGUGGAACAAACCAUUUAACUAUAAGCCAUCUCUGAGUGAGAAGCCCCAGGGGUUCUUACUUGCUGUGUGACCUUAGACCCACUUUUCCUAAUCUAACAAAUGAGACUCUUGAAUGACAUGUGCACUCCCAGCCCAGAGCGAGGCGAGUCCAUCUCUCCCCGUGAGGCCGGUUCAUUCUUCCGCUGUGUGCAGCUCCGGCGCAGGGAGUAGGUCUCUGCAGGGGGACCGGCCAGCGGCAGGUCCAGUCCCACACCGUCCUGGCUGAGUGGCCUUGGAUGAGGAGGCCAGCACCCCGGGACAAUUUAAGCCAUAGUUCCUCAUGGGGAUGGUGAGAAACAACCCCCCGCUUGGCUCGGAGGCCAUGUCAGUCUCACAUUAGCCUUGUCACUGUCCCCAGUGCGAAUGUUGUGACCGCUUGGCUGUUUCUCUCUUGCUCUCAGACAAUACUAGCAAUACAUUUGUUUUGCAAAACAACUUCACUUAGGCACUUUCCACACAUUUCUUUCCAGUGAUUGUAAAACAUAUGGGCAGCAGGAGGCAUCGAUCGUGCUGCAUAUGUUUCGGGCAGCUUUUGUUUUUUGUGUCUUUGAAGGGAUAGAGCAGUAGUAACUGAGACUUUGGGUUUGCCGGGGACAGAUUUUCAGAAAUCCUGUUUCAUCAGAACACCUUGCACAGCCAGAAGGAGGACAGAAAUACAGCUGCCAACACGGGGUGGCUUGGUAACUGGUUUUUGUAGGAGGUCAGUCCCUGGGUUGUGUAACAAUUCCUCAGAAGGUGUUCAUAUGACUAGCACCGGCUCUGUGCUGUAUUAUUAUUAUUAUUUAUUAUUAUUAUUUGUCAAAGGAUUCUCCAAGGAAGCCUUAAAAAGCCUCCGUUUUCCCUUUGCUGGCCUUGCUCCUGGGGAACUUGGGAAGGGCAGUGGUCGGUUGCCACCUCAGCACUUUGCCUUAUCAAUAUGCGGUUGCCACCUAGUGGCCAAAGACUGUAUCCACCAGCUACCCAGAUGGAAGGCAAAUAAAUCUCUUCUGCCUGCUACCUUACCGCCCAGCACUAACUUUGGGAAUGGAUUAUAAUGGCACUAGUGAACUAUGUGGGUAUUCAGAGCUCAGUAAGACACUAGCUCAAAAGAUUCCAGAAGCAGCUGCUUAAAGUUUCACACUGUCUGUGAAAUGCACUAGUUGUCCUGUGGUAAAGACAAGCGUGGACCAGGCGUCCAGUGUGGGAGGGGUUCACUAUAACUGCAAUACUGGCAGCCUGGCUGCUGACCUUGUUAAGUGAACCUCUGCAAGGUGGCCGCCUUAUCCCCGCAGGACAAAGGAGGAGGCUGGGUAUGAGCACUGGGGCAGGGCAUUGCUGGCCAUGAUCUUUGAUAUGGUCCACCAAAUAGCCAAACAAGGUUUUUUUUCUUGUUUGUUUUUGGUUUUGUAUUUUGUAUUUUAAAAUUUUGUCAAAUGUUUUCAUGUUAGGAAUAAAAAGUCAUAAACUAUUCCCAACUUUGUUUCUUGAGGGAUGUUUUGAUUCCGAUUGAAACAGGUUGGAAAUGGGGGGGCACGGUCUGGGUGGUUAUGUGGAACAGGGCAGUGGGUCCCUUGGACUUCCAGAUGGUUUCGGGGAAAGAUGACCAUCCAGAAGUCCAGCUCGGUGCGAUCUGCUCCAGAAGUUCACGCCCACCCCUUCAUCUCCCCAUGCCAUUUAGCAUUGGCUUGGAGCAUCUGCUGGUCCCAGAGGCAGCUGUUGCUGUUGAAACCAACACAAGCUCCCUCUCCCUGACCCCAGGUCUUUAGAGAUGACGUCUGUAGCUAGCCUUAAUGACUGGGCAAGGUGGUCCCAUGGUCCCUUCCAGCAUUUCCAAAUCUUGGACUCAAAACCCUUUUCUCUUGGUGUGACCAUGCAGCCUAGAGAAUUCUGAGCAAUAGGGGGCCAGGGCUUUCCCUGGCUCUGUGACAGGGUCAAACCAGGGAAUGGCUAAACUUGGAGGUUUUGUCAUCCCCAGAGGUACUACUGUAGGGGGCAUUAUUUAUUAGGAAGCUCAACAAGGCAACUACAGCCUGGGGUGCAUGAGUGUAAGGCUGUGUUUGUGGUGUGUGUGUGUGUGUGUGUGUGUGCGCGCGCGCGUGCACUUGUGUAUGUAUGUGCACACGCAUGUCUGUGCCUGUGUGUGUAUAAUUACAUUGAUGCAUUUCUUGAGAAAGGUGCAAGAAUUUCACCUACACAGAGGGACACAUCUGCUUUGUUAUUUAUAAUAGAAAGCUAAAUUUUAAUUUUUUAAAGGACACUGCUGAUGAUUGAGAAUCGAGUUUUUAGUUUUGCUAUUUUUUUUAAUUGGUAGAGGAUUUUUAUAUAUUUUUUCCAUUUUGUUGGGUUGUGUCCUUAUUUAUAUAAAUACUUUAUCUGUAAGAGGCAAGGAAGAAACCUUCUUUGCUUUUAAUUAUUGUGGUUGUCAUUGUCCCUAUUUUAUUUCUGGUGUGAUUUAUCUGUCUUACCUUCUAAACGAGAAGAUGUUUUCCUGUAUUUGUACAUUGUCAGAAUCUAUAGUUUCAUAGAUAAUUUAACCAAAUUGCUGUAUGUAUUAUUAUUCUGUGAGUAUAAAGUUCUAUUUUAACGUCUGUAAAUACUUCCGAACUGGCUUCUUUUCUCAAGCUCCCACUGUGGGGUUAUUGUUUACAUCACAAAAACUGUAGAAUCUCUAUGCUCAUGUACUGUAAAUAGUGAAGUGAUCGGCUUAUAAAUUAACCUAACAAAUACACUAUGAGAUUAAACAGAAAACACCACCCCA